AGUGAAAAAAAAAACUUUGAUUGUUUGAACUAAACUUUUGCUUCAUCGGUUAAAGAAAAUAUCAAGUUGGACUUGUAACCUUGAAGAAAGCAAAAUUCUUCCUCCGUAGUACAGAAAUAUAAAAGAUGCAAGAAACCGACCAAGAAUACGACACCAACACAAAAAAAUGUUCUGUAGCCAUGUUGUGUGGACGAACAAGCCUUUUUGUUCUUAUGAUAGGAUACGCCCUGCUUGGAGCAUUGUUAUUCAAGUUUUUAGAAGGUGGAGGUGAACACCAUCAGACUACAGAUUUUCAAAAAACUAGAGAAGAAUGUCUAAGAGAGUUAUGGAUUAUAACCGAACGAUUAAAUGUAUUAUACGAGAAAAAUUGGACGCAACUUGUUACAGAACAACUGAAGAAAUUUGAACGGUCCGUAGUAGAAAACGCCAGAAACGAUGAUUCUUUGACACUAACCGGAGCAAAAUGGACUUUUGGUGGAUCGUUACUUUACACAAUCACUCUCCUAACCACAGUAGGCUAUGGAAAACUCUCUCCAAGAACAGCGUUGGGAAAAAUCAUGGCAAUACUUUACGCCUUAAUAGGAGUACCUUUAAUGUUGAUCCUUUUAUCAGAAUUAGGUAGUAUUUUGGCACAUGGUGUAAGAAAAGGAUAUUUAAAAUUGACGUUUUGUAAAAAUAAAGAAAACAUACCUUGUCCGACAGUGGGUUAUCAUAAAGCGCCAGCAUCACCGUCUCAUAACUAUUACUGUAAAGGAAUCGAAGAUAAUUCCUCAAUUCAGCUGGCUUCGACGCACGCUUCUCCAAAUCACGUUAACUUCAAAUCGAAUCAUACCAAUCACUGUUCUGAAUACUCCGACAUGCCUAAACGAGCCCUUUUGGCUACAGUUAGGGCUAGUCAUUCCAGGGGGAGAUGUCGGCAAGGAUCUGUACGACAAAUAUUAACAGAUCCAAACUGUCCAACUCACCGACAUGCAAGUCCUUUAAAGAACUCUUCGAUAGUUGGAAUUUCGACUGAUAUUGAAUUAGACGAGCUAGAGGAAAAUGAUCAAAGCCUCUGCACGCAGCACGAUACACCGUCACGGAUCCCCUUGAUUUGGCGCCCACCCGACAAGUCCAACCACGUUCCGCCUCCGACAGAUGACGUCACAUCUCCCGUCUCACCUCCAGUGCCUACAUUCCUCGUAUUUUUCUUCUUUUUCCUGUACAUCGGCCUGGGCGCGGCCUGCUUUGCCAACACCACGAACUGGACUUUCCUUGACGCGAUAUACUUCUGUUUCUUGGCCCUCUCGACCAUAGGAGUGGGCGACAAGCUGCCCACCAUCCACCACGGAGAAUUCCAAGAACAGUUACAAGUCCUGGCGUGUUGCGUGUACAUUUUCGUUGGACUAGUCGUGCUAGCGAUGUGUUUCAGUUUAGUUCAGGAGGAAGUGACGCUCAAGUGCAAACAGUUGGCUAAUACGAUAGGCCUAAGUAGGGAAUGACAGACA